AAUCAGCUGAUCCACCCUGUAGGUUCGUGACUGCGGCAAGAAAAAAAAACACUGUACUGCUGUCAUCGGGGGCUCGGGAGGCUGUGUCUUACAGAAAUAGGCAAAGCCGGGGGAAAAUUAUAUACACUUUGAGACUUUAGUUGUUGCAAGUUACCUGCGUUUCUUAGCUGAGGAACAUCUGGACCCAUUCUAUAUUCAGCGAAAUCUAGCUAUUGUAGCCAUCUAGCAGCGUUGCUACCUGAAAUCCUCUUAACACUACAACCAUGGCGCUCAGUGAUGCCGACGUACAGAAGCAGAUCAAGCAUAUGAUGGCCUUCAUUGAACAGGAGGCCAAUGAGAAGGCAGAAGAAAUCGAUGCCAAGGCAGAAGAGGAGUUCAACAUCGAGAAGGGUCGUCUGGUACAGACCCAGAGGCUGAAGAUCAUGGAGUACUAUGAGAAGAAGGAGAAGCAGAUCGAGCAGCAGAAGAAAAUACAGAUGUCCAAUCUGAUGAACCAGGCUAGGCUUAAGGUGCUGAAGGCUCGCGAUGACAUGAUCUCGGAUAUGUUAAACGAGGCACGUCAGAGGCUGGCCAAAGUGGCCACUGAUCCUUCAAGGUACCAGGGUCUGUUGGACGGUCUUGUUCUGCAGGGCUUCUAUCAGCUGCUGGAGCCCAAAGUCAGCAUCCGCUGCCGUAAACAGGACCUGGCCAUGGUGCAGGCUGCUAUACAGAAGAACAGCCCAAUCUACCAGGCUUCUGUGAAGAACAGCAUCGAAGUGCACAUUGAUCAGAACAACUUCCUGUCCCCAGACAUCUCUGGCGGUAUUGAGAUCUACAAUGCUGACAGGAAGAUAAAAGUGUCCAACACCCUGGAGAGCAGACUGGAUCUCAUGGCCCAGCAGAUGAUGCCUGAAAUUCGAGUGGUGCUGUUUGGUGCCAACCAGAACCGCAAGUUCCUGGAUUAACGGACCGCGUGGUCUUGUGUCGGAGCCCACGGGGACAGAACCAACGCGUGCUUUCUACCAUGCUGUUUUAUUUGAAUAUUAAUGUAUUGGAUUUCAUUCCCGUGUCAGUGUUGUAAGGAUACAAAGUGUGUUCGGCUGAAGUAGAAAAGCGCCCCCCCCCCCCCAAUCCAUUGUUUUGUGAUGUUUUGUCCGUUUUGUGUUUUUUAAUUUGCUUUUGUUCACUGAGAGAGUAAAUUAAUUAAUAAAGAGGAUAUUUAAGAACAGCUGAGCAGGAACCGUGCAUUAGUGCACAGGGAGACAGUUGUGUGCUGGGAACCGGACUCUCCGCAGUGCUGAUCAUGUGAGAGGGGGACUGGGUGCUGCUAGGGAUUGUGGGGAGGAGGGGAGGGAGGGUUAGAGGUGAACCAGUUAAAACCGGUUGUGUCUAUCUGACACAGACUGUGGUUCUCGAGUUUCAGUACUAAAGACCAAUCCCCUGUUCCCUCGCAUGUCUUUAGUUAAGGCUCCCCCCGUUCAUGCUGUGUGAUAUAGUGCCCCAUCUCAGCAUGCCCCAGCAUGUGGUCUCUAGUGUCCCCCUGGGAGUCCUUUUUUUCCUGUCUCUUUCGGACGGUGAACACCUGUGUUAAUAUUAAUCUGUACGAAACCGCAUUAAAUACAUUCCUCACCAUGUGACCUCCCACCAUUUUAAUCCAUCAGUCAUUUGCACAGUGAAGACAGCUGCAGUAGUUUAAGGGGAAAUGCUCUAAUGGGGGGGUUGACGUCCAAUUUUCUGGUUCCUGAGGACCUGUUCCAGCUACAUGUUCAUAUUCAGAACCUCUCCUUGAUUUAAGUACUGUACAUGUGUCUGACAAUUUGCAUCACUAUUUAUUUUAUUCACUGAAAUGAAAUGGGAUAGAUGUCUUAUUUUUUGUGGCAUACUGAGUGUACUUGUGGUUCAAAUACAUAUUAGAAUAUGUAGUUUACAGUGCUUUUAAAACAAUGUUUCCUGUUAGGACAUUGACAUCUGCAGAGGAUAUACUGGUAAUUAUUGAUGUGAAAAUAUACAUAUAAAAGAGUAACAUUUG